CCCCCACACCUUCUUAACUCUCCGAUCUCAUCAUCCAUGUCCUCAUGACCCUCUAUGACCACUCCAGAUGUGUAUCGAGAUGCGGAAUACCUCGCUGACGUGUCCGGCUUAUCGCCCGGCCUCGUCGCCGGACCUCCGUCCAGCAGCGGCAGCACCAUCGGCAGCAACGGCAGUUACGAUGAGCGCAUGAAAAAGAUCCAAUCCACCGCCAAGGUAGCCUUCAUCGAUCGGCUGCUCCGCGAUCUCGAUAUCCUCAUCUACUGCGAGCUGUCAGCGCUGUAUUAUAUGGAUUGCUCCAUCAUCCUCUUCGCCGUCCGCGCCAUCGUGCAGCUCAUCUUCUUCACCCCGAAAGCCCCGCCCUUCGACCCGACCCGGAACCAGCCCUUCGUCGGCGCCAUCUUUCUGAGUAAUCUGUUCUGCAUGCUCUGCCAUACGCUCUUCGCUGCGCCGGAAGCCGGCGAGGAGACCCGCGGGUAUAUCCACGGGGGCCUAUUCAUCGACUUCAUCGGCCAGAAGGCGCCCGUCCCGCUGGCCCGGCUGCUGUCGAUGGAUGUGUUGGUUCUACUCCUGGAUUUGGUGAUGUUGGGGCUGGUGGUGGAGAGGGUUAAGACUGUGGAGGCGCAGCAGCAACAGCAACUGAUCAAUACGGCGACCGGGCAAGGCUCAAGAAGUAAUAAUAUCCUGAGUGCUAUCAUCAACGGGAUGGGGCGGCAGGAUCAGGAUCACGAUUCCGAAGAGCGGGGCGUUCUCCGGGGUGCGGCCACAGUUCCUACUACAGAUGACCAGACUCAGGUCCCAGCCAGUCGACAGCCUUCGAGGGAGGAACGAGCUGAGGAUCAUGACCAUGACCAUAACACUAUGAUCGACGAACGGACCGAGUUGCUGGCCGACCCGGCCGAGACGGGCCUGAACCUGGGACGCAGCACGGCCGCGGCGAAGGAUAGUCACCCCUUGGAUCGGUUCGCCUCGGGCCAGGCAGUGAUCAUGGACGUGGGGCUGGUGGAUGUAGUCCGCGAGCAGUGGCGGUACACUCCGGCGACGACGGGGCGGAAUUCGUUGCGGUUCGCGAACUCGCAGCAGGCGGCAGCGUUCAUGGCCAGGUUCCGCGAUGCAAUGAAUGGGCGGUCGACGGAGCGGAAUGCGCAGACUCCUGCCACUGCCACUGCUACUGCUAACAACCCCAAUCCCGCUCCCGAUGCCAAUGGCAUUGUCAGUGCUUAGAAGAGAGGGGUCAUGGCUGGCUGCUUUUCAUGGUUGAUUUGGCUGAUGUAGAUGCGGGGGGUCUCCUGUAUUGUAUAGAAUAGGUUAUAAUAUACUAACUCUAUUUGAUAAUAUACU